UGUUAGCAGCCAGCACACUUUACAGUAGCAUGAUUCAGUGAGGCACAAGGCGGCAAGACAUGGCGAUGAACACAACGUUGGAUGGCGAGACCCUGGAAAUGCUGGGCAGCGCUGUGGUUAGAAUCACCCUCCCCGCUGUUUACCUAGUCAUCAUCCUCAUCAGUUUGCCUGGCAACGGAAUCUCCCUCUGGCUACUUUGCUUCCACACACACCCAAAGACUCCCUUGGUCACCUUCAUGAUCAACUUGACCAUCGCUGACAUCCUGCUUGCCUUUUUCCUCCCAUUCCAGAUUGCAUAUCACUUAAACGAAAAUAACUGGGCCUUUGGCAAGACCCUCUGUACAUUUGUCACCACCUUGUUUUAUGUCAAUAUGUACUGUUCCAUUUUGACAAUGACUUGCAUCAGUGUUGAGCGCUAUAUUGGGGUGGCACACCCAAUCUGGUACAGGCGAGGGUGGAGAAGACCACAUGCGGUGACUAUCUGUUUUGGGAUUUGGAUAAUUUUAAUCAUUGUUUUAUUACCCUUGGAAUACAGUGAUUUAACAUUUGACGUCCAGCCACUCAACAUUACAACAUGCUUUGAUGUUCUUAAAAGGGACAUGCUUCCCACCAUGAAUGCAUGGGGGCUGUUCCUCUUCACUCUGUUUGUGUUCCUGUUUCUGAUCCCAUUUACCAUUACCGUCUUAUGCUACACGCUAGUAAUACUGAAGCUCUCCCAAACUACUCACAGUGAGCAGAAAAAGCGAGCCACCUAUUUAGCCAUUACUGUGCUCUUGGUCUUUGUCACAUGCUUUGCCCCCAACAACAUCACUCUCUUAAUUCACAUUAUAUGGAGACUUCUGUAUGACACAGGGUGCUACACAGCCUACAAGCUGACCCUGUCACUAAGCUGUUUGAACAGUUGUCUCAACCCAUUUAUUUUCUAUUUCGCUUCAACAGACUUCCAAAACCUUUUCCAACGUUUAAUAGGUAGAAGGCAGUCAUACGGUCAAACAACACAAUAGAGAUUCUGACACCGAGACUGGUCUCUCGCGGAAUUUGUAAAAUAACUGGGUUUGUCAAGGGACCAAAGCCACUAUUCAGGAAAAUGCAAAAAUAAAUCCCAAAGAUAUUCCCUACAUGUUAAACCCCUAUAACUGUGCCAUGAAGACUCAGUAAGAUCUUGGUCUACUUUCAGUCCAUUGAGUUGGUCAGUCCACUGUACUAUAAGUGGCCUCAAGUUCAGUGGAUUAGGGAAGGAAGUAUAAGGAAGGAUUUUUACUCAUGAUUUAUUGUUCCAUAUCACACCCUGGAAAGCACCCACACUACCAACACCAAACCUCCCCCUCAACUAACUUCCUCACCUUCCCCCACCAACCCCUGCCUCACCCUACUAUGUUAAUAGGACCAAAUAUGGAUCUGGGAUCCAUGAAGAAUAAUCUACUAUUGUCUAAACUCAGAAACACUGAGUCAGUACUUGAGCAAGGGACAUCCUGAUGUAACAAGGUGUAGAGCUGGAUGAACAUAGCAGGCCAAGCAGCAUCAGAGGAGCAGGAAGGCUGACGUUUCGGCCUAGACCCGUCAGUGAGAAUAUUGGUGAAGAAAUGAAAAGAAACAAACAUUCAUUUAAUUUACUGGUUGGUGUAGGUAUUAGUAACUUUGAUUUUGAGUGCUUCCUCACACUCAAGAUUGUGACUAUAUCAUCAAAGCGAGCUACAUCAUUAGAGUUCCUGUUCAAGACACACAUUCUAGAUAUUCUUUAUAAUCAAGGAAGGGAUUACAAAGGCAUCAGGGGAAAGGGCGAGAAAGGAGGAACACGGCAUUAAGACAGAGGAUCAGCCAUGAUCAUUCUGAGUGGCAGAGCAGGCUCAAAGGGCUGAAUAGCAUUCUCCUGCUCCUAUUCCAUUGUUUCUAUGUUUUCUUUAGAAUUUAGAAGGUUAAGAGAUGAUCUGAUUGAAGUCUUCAAGAGGAAUUGACAGGAAAAGACCGGAUAGAUGAAAGUAAACCAUUUCCUCUGCUUUGAGAUUCAAGAAGUGAAAGCAAAGUCUAAAAAUUAAGGCCAGACUGUUCAGAAGAAAUGUUAGGAAGUACUUCUACACAUAAAGGUCGGUAAAGAUUUGGAGCUCCCUCCUCCACAAAUGGCAGUGGAUGUUGGAUCAGUAGUUAAUUUUAACUUGGAGAUAAAUAAAUCUUUGUUAAGCAAAGGUAUUAAGCGAUAUGGGUCAAAGCCGGGUUAGGUCACAGAUCAGCCACAAUCACAUUGAAUGGUGGAACAGGCUUGAGGGACUGAAUGGCCUGCUUUUGCUCCUAUGUUUCUACGUUCCACUGUUUCAGCAGAUUCCUUUUUCCUGUUUGUGAUGAUGUUAAAGUUCCUACCGCACUCUUUGUGGAAAAGUGGGAAUGUCCUCAACAUUAUUCCUUCCUUAGUAAAUUCCAUUAAAAGAAAUCAGAUUAAUCGGUCUUUCUUCUGAUUGCUGUUUGCAGGAUGAUGCCAGUUCAGUGGUCCUUUUGUCAAUCUACUUGACAAUAGUCAGAAUGUUUCAAACAAGCAGCCGUAGAUAUUACUAAAAGGCAUGAGAUGAUGUUAAAUGACAGUAAGUAUUAACUAGGUCAGGUAUCACAUGAUGGCUGUUGUAAAGUCAUUUCAAAAUGUUGCUUCUGCAUAUUUAUUAAUUGUACGAUAGUCCACCACUGCAAAAUGCAGUUCCUGAAAAAAACCAUUUGUAAUUGAUAAAUUAUGAAAAGUGACCACCUAUGAACAGGAGUUUUUGAGUGACAUAACAUUUUUUUCUUUUCAAUGUGACUUGUUCUAACCCUGGAAGAUAAGCUAGAAUGGUACAAAGAGAAUCCUUGCUGUUGGUUGUGAUGUUCAGCAAUGAUGCUGAUAGUCUGCAUGACUAAACUCGUGAAGGUCCGGUUUAUAAUCUGAGAUCAUCAACCUUGCUUCACUUUUCAGUGGGAGCCCUCUUAUUCAGAAACGCAGAUCUUUGCAAUAGAAUUCUAAUUAGACAGCCUCAGAAUUGCAUCAGUAAAGGCACAAAAACCACUAACUGAUGACAAAAGAGCCUUAACGAAGGCAUGAAUGUCACUCAAUGAUCUUCUAGUCAGUUAAGUGGAAAAGAAUGACAGACCCAAAACACACAGCAAAAUAUUCUAACAAUGAGGGGUUAAAAAAAAGUAGUUUUAAAGUUAAUGAUUUUCUUAUAUUCAUUCAUGGGACAAAGGUGCUAAGGCACAUUUAUUGGCCUUCUCUCAAUGCUCUUACUCAGAUGGUAGUGAGCUAUGGUUUUAACCAUUCCUGCACAUGUGAUGACACCCUCCCAGUUUUGUUAGAUGGAGAUCUGCAGUUAUACAUUUAUUAUGACUGUUCUAAUUUUAAUAUGACAGUUAUUCUUAUGACGCCACAUAUUUUUCACGUGAGUUGACCUUAUUUUACACAUGACUUAAUCACCAAUGCCAUUUCGGAGGAACCACAUGCAGAUAUUAUAUCAUCUGUUUCCUUUUAUUAUGAUAUCAAGUUCGUAAUGUUUUUCUUUAAGGUUGAGGAAGUAUUGAAAUAUUAUGAAACUCAUGUUUAUGGGACAUGGAACAUGCACCAUCAUAUCCUGGUUGGAUCUUGCUGAGGGACACACAAGGCUAACAAACCUCACAGAACAUCUCAUCAUUCUGUAAUUGGAGUCUCUGUGGCCGGGCAGUGCCCACAAACCAGAUACUCUUGUAACUUUGCAAUGCAUGAGAUUGGUUAGAUGGGCACUGUUAUCUUCCCUACAUACUGCCACACUCCAUUUUCCUGCCUACUCUCAACAGCUCAUGCUCUCUGUGAUUUCUCACUUGUAAAAUUUCACAAUUUGUUCUGCAAUCUAUUUCUUACAUGUUAGCCGAAGAAAGAAACUGUUGAAAGUGAUUUGUGAUGUAAUGUUGAUAGAAGCUGGAUGGGCUUGGAUGGCAUAGAAUAACAUCAUAUUAUGAACAAAUACAUAGAAAUUGUAAUGCAGAUACAGUCUAUUUGACCCAUGGUCUAAUUAUAUGCUCCAUGCAAGCCUCUUCCCCUAUCUCUUCAUGUUUCACCCAACUUGCUCUUUAAAUGUACCUGUGCUAUUUGCCUGAACUACCUCUUGAGUUAGCAAGUUCUACAUUCUAACCUGUGAUAAGUUUGUGCUUUGAUGAUUAUGCAAGUGAUAUACCAUGAUGUGACAUUACAGGAUAUCCUAUGAAUUCCUGCAUUUUUUGAAGGUUUGCAGGCUGACUGCUGCAAAUUUGCAUUAUUUGUUUUAAACCUAACCUCAUAAGAUCAAGUUGAAAUGAAUUCUGGUGUAAGGAAGCUAGUGCCGAGAGUAAACACCGGCCAAAGACCAGUUGAGUUUAAUACCCUCAUUCUUUGUUUUAAAUCCAAUGUAAUUCUGUACAACUCGCCAUUUGUUAAUGUACUCUGCUGCGCUGUUAAAGCCGUUAUAAUUAAGUUGAAUUACUGUGAAGAAUAAUUGAUUGUUUAACCUGCUGAACUUCAU